AUGUCCAACCCAGUGCUUUCACCGGUUGAUAAUAGUGUUGAAGAUGUGUCUGUCCAGGACAAACCUCGGAUUGGCAUGACUUUUGAAUUUGAAAAUGCUGCAUAUGAGUUUUAUAAUCAAUAUGGUAGAAAGGUUGGUUUUAGUAUUAGGAAAGAUCAUGCACAUAGGAGCAAGGAAGAUCCGACAAUCAUUAAACAGAGGAGAUUUGUAUGUAAUAAACAUGGACAUCGGAAAAAGGACAAGAGAGAUAUGCUCACGAAGGAACCUCGUGCAGAAACCAGAACUGAUUGUCUUGCAAGAUUGUGUAUAUCUAGGUUGAAAGAUGGUCAAUAUGAAUGUAAAGAUUUUUUUGAUGACCACAACCAUGAUUUGCAUACACCAACAACUGUUCAUAUGAUGCGGUCUCAACGCCAAAUCUCAAAUAUAGUUGCCCAUGGAAUAGAUUUGGCUGAUGAUUCCAGUAUCAGGCCCAAAGCCACUUUUGAUUUGAUGGGCAUGCAAGUAGGUGGUAGCGAAAACCUAGGUUGCACCAGGACAAGGAACAACCUAUCAUUUACAUACUCUUUGCAACUGGAUAAUGGAGAACAGAUAACAAACAUAUUUUGGGCAGAUCCGAGGAUGCUCAUUGACUAUGCACUAUUUGGUGAUGUUAUCUUUGACACUACGUUUUGCACAAACAAGGAGUACAGGCCUUUUGGAAUUUUUGCAGGAUUCAACCAUCAUAGGGGUGUGACCAUAUUCGGAGCUGCACUACUGUAUGAUGAGACAGUUCCUUCUUUCAAAUGGUUGUUUGAGACAUUCUUGGAGACUCAUGGACAGAAAAAGCCCAAAACCAUUUUUACUGAUCAAGAUGCUGCAAUGGCAAGGGCAAUAGGUGAAGUUUUACCUGAAACAUGGCAUGGAUUGUGUACCUGGCAUAUAAUGCAGAAUGGGAUAAAACAUUUUGAUAAUUUGAUGAAGCAUGGAUCAUCCUUUCUUAAGGAUUUGAAUAAAUGCAUAUUCAAAUAUGAAAAUGAAGAGGAUUUGAGAAUGCAUGAAAAAUUUUGCUGGAUGAUUACCAACUUGAGAAUAAUUCAUGGUUAG